UCGGGUAAGAACUUUUUGGGUCAAGAUGCCAUGGGGUCUGAUAAAAGUUGAACUUAGUCGUCACUCGAGGAGCAGAAUUCCAUCCGGUGCAAUAAAAAUGAAGAUUAUUUUAACCCUCAGGAUGACUAACAGAAGCAUCUGCAAGUUUCCAGACAAAAACUCGUCUGUAGAAUAUGGAACCCAUUACCCAUCCUUGUAUAAAAUCUCUGUCAUAUAAAAGCUUGUUAGGUACCAGUCCCAAGCUAUGUCUUUACGUGCAUAUCAAAGGUCUAAUCACCCAAUAUUUGGCUGUAAGCACAUGACACAACAUGACAGUACUUGCCUCUCUGGUCUGCCCUUCUACAUCUACAAAUACUAAAAGAUUACGGAAGGAAUUUCAAAACAACCUUCCUUUGUCAGAUGCUUCGCCCAUUUGGAGUUCAUUUGAGUCGAUAAAGAAACUGACAGUUUUAGAGGGAGUACAUGGAAAAUUUUACAGUAUCAUCGUCUCCAUCAUUUCAUGGCAACAUCUCUCGGAGACGAUAUAGCUUCAAUGGUAGUGUUCAAACUGGACUUGCCUCUAAUUCGCCAACAAACAUUCCACCACCAAAACACCAUCUCGAAGAGCCACCUUUCUCUACGUAUCUCGGUGCACCACCAGGAUCACAACAGAGUUAUAAGAAGCCUGUAGUAACUCGAAAGUCCUUCGAUGAAAAUGAAAACGAAAUCAGUAUCUUUGCAGCUGAGAAAUAUUUUAAUGAAACCCAACCACAACAACAAAGUAAAGAGAACAAGUUAAGCGUACCAUCAUCAUCUACUGCAACUCAUGUUAAUAAUGAGAAAAACGAUAACAAAAGAAUCGUAGAGAGCGAUGAGUAUGCGAUGCAGCAAAUUGAAAGAAAUUCUUCUGUUUCGUCGUCUGUUGUUGAUGGGUAUGAAUAUGGGAAGAAGUACAGAACAAGGUCUGUUCAGUCAACAACUACAGUUUCAUCUGAAGCUAGCUGGAAUAGUCAAUCUGGUUUGCUAUACAAUCUUCCACGAGGUUCAAUUAAUGGAGCUGCUAUGAGAAAUAAUAAUCUGAAUUCAGAGCAGGGGAAGAAAAGUAGAUCACAAGCAAAAUGGAUUUUUGGAAGAAAAUGUUGCUUCGGCAGAAAAUCUGUCCAAGUUCAGGAGAAUCUUUCUGAACCAUCUAAAAUUCAUAAUCUCCAUACCCAUCAAGUACUAAAUACUGGUUUUCAUCUUAAUUCCAUGGAUCAAAGACCCAAAACAGGAGAGAUUGAUAUUUAUAAACCACCAUCGCUGAAUGAGGGAACCAACAAAUUUGAGUUCGAGAAGAACCUAAAGGGAAAUGAUGGGAGGGACAAACAAGAAUUACCGUACAGAAAUGCGGAAAAAGAAAAUGAAGUUUCUGGUCAUUCAGCUCAUUUUGCACCGGAAAAUAAGUUCACAGUAGAGAUUGGCUGUCCACCAAUCCCUCCAGGAAGGUCAUUUCACGAUGUCCAAGGAUUCUCAUUUCCUGCAGUUUUAAAUCCUCUUAUUGUUGGGAAACCACUGAAUCAGCUCAACAGUUCAACUCGUGAGAUCUUAGAGUCUAUCCCAUUGCCAGACAGCUCCAUCAGACGAAAGUCGAAUGAAAUUCAGCAGCGGAAACUUAUGUCACCAUCCUUGGCACAUGAUCAUCACCAGAGCUUCAAUCUUCCGGUAAGUCGGAAACCCCAAACAAUGAUAAAAGAUGAGGACAUAGAAAGCGACACAAGUUCGGACUUGUUCGAGAUAGAGAGCAUCUCAACUCAAACAACAUCAUACCCAAUUGGGUACCAACAAAGGGAUUACAAUUACUUGGAAGAGGAAAUUUCAAGCUACAAAGCGAGACGACAAAGUUUGGAUGAACCAACUACACCCUCGGUGGCGCCAACAGAACUUUAUGAACCAAGCGAAACAAGCAUAAAUUGGAGUGUUACCACGGCAGAGGGAAUAGACCGAGUUAGUUUCACAAACUUUUCUGUUGGAGCAGCUUCUCCAACAGAUUAUGAAGAAGCUCAAUUCUUCAUGCCUAGCAAUGCCAACUCUACUACUGGUGGAGGUGGUGGUAGACCAAGAGUAAAUGGGUUGCUGGGUUGUCGAUCUGAAAAUUCAGUUAAGGUGGAUCUAAACCCAGUGAAGCAUGUGGAAGAGCUGCAGCCAAGGAAAUGCUAUGAUUACAUACAGUCAUUCAGGGUCGAAACAGAUAGAAUACAGGCAUUGUCUAAGUUUGCUAACAUAAGUUCCACAGAUGUUAAAAGGUCCUCUAUAAUUAAGCCACCACUUCCAGGUACACGCUCACGUUCAUCUCAGACAUAUUCUCAUGCCUUCACGACACGUUAAGCAUGGGAGUCUGUGCUAGCUUCUGAUUUAGUGAAGCUAGGCACAAAAAGGUUUCCUGUUUUUGAAUUUGCAUAAAAAGGGUUUCUUUUCUUUCAUAUAUAUUGUUAUGUGAUGGUUAGGUAUAUUUGUAUUCAGCUAAUGUGUUGUCACGGAGAUGUUAAAUUUGCAACUUGCAACUCUAUUCUAUGGUAGUCCAAGUCCAAUAUAACACAAAUGACACAACAGCUUAUUUUGAUAAUAUCUGUAGUCUGUACACUCCAUCGCAUGAAACUUACUUAUUAAUAGUAGGAAUUUCAUAAUUUGUAAGGAAUGAGAGAUUUCGAAUUCUUACACAGUACCAUGACAAUUUUCUGUCGGUUGUUGUUUUUGUUCUGUAUCACGUCCAAUCAGCUUGGGUUUCCUCCAAACUGCAGUGUGAUCUGCAAAAUCUGAAAGGAGUCUGUGAAUCCAUUGUAACCAUGUCUGUUUACCAAGAAACAAACAGUAAAGGAAGAAAAUAAAAAAAGAUUGAUACA